AUGGUGCUCCAGCCUGAAACCGCCCGCCCGCUCGCCCUCGAGAGGUACGCGCACGACAAGGGCCAUGCCUCCAUCGACGACUACAACAAGGCCGCGGAGAAGCUGCUGAUCAAGGAGCAGCGCGACAAAUACACCUCUAUCCAGAAGAAGCUCAUCUUCGGUGGGGGUGCCGCUGGAUACCGUGGAGAGGGCCGGUCAACCGCUCGGUGCUGA